GGAUACUCUCCCUUCGCCGCGGCGUCCUGCGCCGGAGCUUUAGUCACCCGUGGGAUUGCUGCUUGCGCGCUGAAGCUCCUCAGCUCAGGACCAGGGAGACACGCGCAAGGACAAGACCAGGGAGCACUGCGGCCUACAAGAUCUCCGCCUUUCUGCUGCCAAUUUUCAGAAGUUCUCAACCCUCUGGGAGAAAGUGGUUUUUGUUAUCUCAACCCUCUGACUUCAUCAAUCAUUAAUCUUCUUCUAAUUCCUGUGCCAGCUUUGGCCACGCCCCAUACCCUACUGUUAGCCUUUGACAAGGAUUUGGUGUCUGGAAGCCAUCCCCUGGUGCUUCUGGUGGAGCGGGGAGAGGAGGCAGCAGGAGGCUGUGGUCUCGGCAAGCGGACUGUCUCCAGCCUGCGUGGUGAGGUCACUAUGUCCACCAAGGCGCCCAUCUACCUGAAGCGCGGCAGCCGCAAGGGCAAGAAGGAGAAGCUUCGAGACCUGCUGUCCUCAGACAUGAUCAGCCCACCACUGGGGGACUUCCGCCACACCAUUCAUAUCGGCAGUGGUGGCGGCAGUGACAUGUUUGGUGACAUCUCCUUCCUGCAGGGCAAGUUUCACCUCCUUCCAGGGACAGCGGUCGAGGGGCCGGAGGAAGACGGCAACUUUAACCUCCCCUUCCAGUUCACCCGCACAGCCACGCUGUGUGGGCGGGGGCUCCCCGAAGGGCCAUCCCCUCUGCUUAAGAAUGCCAUCUCCCUCCCGGUCAUCGGUGGGCCCCAGGCCCUCACCCUGCCCACAGCCCAGGCCCCACCCAAACCCCCUCGCCUGCACCUGGAGACCCCUCAGCCCUCCCCACAGCCUUCCCCGCAGGAGGCAGGGAGUAUGGACAUCUGGAGAAUUCCAGAGGCUGGCUCAGCCCGAAAUGGGCUGACCCCUGAGUCAGGGUCUGAGGAGCCCUUUCUGUCCCACGCCAGCUCCCUGCUCUCCCUGCACGUGGACCUGGGGCCUUCCAUCCUGGACGACGUGCUCCAGAUCAUGGACCAGGACCUGGGCCAUAUGCGGAUCCCCACAUAGGACCUGAGGCAAGCCAGGCUGGAAGGCCAGGCUGGGGUGAAUGCUGGGAAGCAGGGGGUGGACAUGGGCCUGGCCUAGAAGUUGGGAUCCCAAGUCCUGCCUAUGUGGUCACUGGCCAGUGAUGUCUGACUUUGAGCCUUUGUUUUCCUCCCUCCCACCCUCUCCUCAUGGGCAGAGUGCACCUCACUGCUUUCCCUUAAAACCCGUGAAGAUACUUGCCGAACUCAGCCCAAAGGGCCUUGAGUAUGUGGGGCCCCCGGGCCCCCACCGCCAACUGCUCCUCCUUCCCUCAGACCUCCGGGACGAAGGCUUUGCUGAAUCGGACUUCCCUUUCACCGCUCUUCUGCCUCAGCCAUCGCAGAUGCCCUGACUGGGGGGUGGGGAAGAGGCAGGGCUCAGCCAGCCAGACCGUUGGUGUCAUGUCCUUGCCUGGGAGCGUGGCAUCAAUGACCGAAUGUCCCUCUACCCUAUCCUCUCCCACAUGACCAGGGGUUCUGGUCGCAAUAAAACUUGCUGCUGCUCAUAGUUGUGCUCCCCAUGCCCUUGUCCCUGAAGACAGGAUGGUCUCUGUGACCUGGGCUAACCCUAAGGGAGACCACAGUUCCUGGCUGUGGCAUGGGGCUGGGAGGGAUGCAGCAGUGCUGAUCAGCAGACUCUUCAGCAACGCUGUUAAAUGAGCACCUACAGUGCACUUGGCAUGCUCCCGGUACUGGGGAUAUAAGACAGGCGUUCUCCCUGAUCUCCUGAAACUUACAUUCUAGGAGAAGAAAGAUACUAAAUUUGUGAGCAAUUAAGAUGACUUCCAAUAGUGUUGGAUGCUGUGAAAAAAAAACGUGCCCUGGCCGAUGGCUCAGUUGAUUGGAGCAUUAUCCUUUACGUACGCCAGAGAGGUUGCAGACUCAAUCCCCAGUCAGGGCACAUACGUAGGCCGUGGGACCGAUCCCGGGUCGGGAUGUGUACAGGAGGCGACCGAUCAAUGUUUCUCUUUCACAUUGAUGUUUCUCUCUCACCCUUCCUCUCUCUCUAAAAUCAAUGAAUAUAUCCUUGGUGAGAGUCCAAAACAAUACAAAAUAAAAAACGUGAUCAGGAAUGCCUGGGGCAAGGGUAGAGAUGGUGCCGGCACAUUAGGGCCAUCACGUGAUUUUGAACCAAACCUAGGGCACUUAUUAAUAGGUAUUUAUUCCCUGUAGAUAGUUUUAUGCUUGUCUUUGCCUUUUAAAAAAACUUUUUAUUUAUUGAUUUUAGAGACAGAUGAGAGGGAGAGAAACAUUGAUUUGUUGUUCCACUUAUUUAUGCAUUCAUUGGUUGAUUUCUGUUUGUGCCCCUACCGGUGAUGGAACCCACACGUUGGUGUAUAAGGACAAAACUAACCAACCGAGCUACCUGGGCAGGGCUUGUCUUUACCUUCUUUAAGCACAGCAAGCAAUGUUAUUUUGUGGUCAUUAUCAGAUAAUUCCAAUAUUUUAAAUCUUUGUGAGUCAAUUUAUGUUUUCUGUUGUUUGUAUCAUAUCUUGUGCAGGGUUUCUUGUUUCUUUAUGGGCCUGAUUAUCUUUGACUAUGGACUGGAUGGAUAUCAUAU